AUGACUAUAAAUUUGCUUCACACGGGACGGAACUUCGCAUGUUGUACAUCCUUCGUGAUUUCAAGAACUGUUUUUGAUAUACGAAGCUCACCGGGAAUCGUCGACUGUUAUUCCUCGUCGGUGAAGGAGUCUGUGGCAGAUCGACCGCUUUCGCUCUGUCUGGCUGGAUCUCAAACUCUGGUCCAGGCUUCGCGAACUCCGCCGCCUCCUUGGAGUUUACCUCCCAAGAAGGGAACCCCCGGACUUAUAUGCGUUGUAUGCGGAGAUACGAGUUCUGGAAAGCAUUACGGAAUAUUGGCUUGCAAUGGCUGUUCCGGGUUCUUCAAAAGAUCUGUGAGAAGAAAACUUAUUUACAGAUGUCAAGCAGGAACAGGACGAUGUAUUGUUGAUAAAACCCACAGGAAUCAGUGCCAAGCUUGUCGAUUGAAAAAGUGCUUGUCAAUGGGAAUGAAUAAAGAUGCUGUUCAAAAUGAAAGACAGCCUCGCAAUACAGCAACCAUUCGACCAGAAACUCUAAGAGAAAUGAGUGCUGAGCAAGAAAGGGCUUUGAGGGAGGCAGCAGUGGCGGUGGGCGUAUUUGGGCCGCCCGUGUCACUUACCAUGGCUUUAUCACCGGCUCGUUAUGGUCAUGGUUUAUUACCCUCGGCACCACCACCACAAAUGAUAAGUAGAGAACCGACGCCGAAACAAGAAAACAGCGACAAUGAUGAAGAAAGUAUUGACGUUACUAACGAGGAAGAUGACCUUCCCAAUUCAGGAUGUGGGGUUUCGUCUACCAACGGCCCAGUUAGACCUGAGCCACAUUCUGCCAUUUCGGCAACCGGCCUAUUACCGUCUUUCGGUAUUUAUCCGACGAGUCAGGAAACGGUUUACGAAACGUCAGCAAGACUACUGUUUAUGGCUGUAAAAUGGGCAAAAAAUUUACCUAGCUUCGCCAGUUUACCAUUCCGAGAUCAGGUCAUCCUUCUGGAGGAAGUUUGGAGCGACCUAUUUCUACUCAAUGCGAUUCAGUGGUGUAUGCCCAUGGAUGUCACUUCCUGUCCUCUUUUUAAUCAUCACGAUCAUGAUAAAAUUGGAGAAACGUCUACAGAUGUGAAGACCUUGGCAGACACAUUGAUGAGGUUCAAAGCUAUCCAUGUUGAUCCUGCAGAAUUCGCUUGUUUGAAGGCAAUCGUCUUGUUUAGAGCGGAAACUCGAGGUUUAAAGGAUCCAAGUCAAAUAGAAAACCUUCAGGAUCAAGCUCAAGUGGUUUUGUGCCAGCAUUGUCGAACGCAGUUUCCAGGGCAAGUUGCACGUUUUGGACGAUUACUGUUAAUGCUACCUUCGCUGCGACAUGUUCCUGCUGGCAGGAUAGAGGCGCUAUUUUUCCAGAAAACCAUAGGAAAUACACCAAUGGAAAAAGUUUUAUGUGAUAUGUAUAAAAAUUAACAUAUAUAGAACUCUAUUGUACAUU